AUGUUCUGCUGUUUCCAGGCUUCUGAUGAUGACUCUGGCCACCAAAGAGCCAAGAGGUGUGUCCUAGGCCACCUUUGGAGACGUUGGAGAAAAAGGAAGCUGAGUAAGUCCCCCAGGUUCAAUACUAGAAGCCCCGACUACCUGGAAAACUUUAUAUCUUGUAUUCCAACUGCAAUUAAGAACCAGGACAUCCUUGAGAUAUAUGUAUUUUUGGCUGUCUACCCAAAGUUUGCCACCACCUGGGAGGUGCUGGACCUGAUAAUGGAAAUGUAUGGAUCUUUCCAGCCUGACUGUGUGGAGGAUCAAGAAACAAAGACUGCCAUAUUCAGCUUUCUCUCCAUGUGGGUCCACACACACCCCCAGGACUUCUGUGAUUAUCCCGACGUGGCCACAGUGAAGCGGCUGGUGGACUACAUAAGGCUCAAUGUGCCUUCCUCAGAUGUCACUAUCCAAACUGAGGAGCUCCUAUCAGUGCUGGAGGAGCAGGAAUUCGAAAAGGAUGAGGAGGCCUCGGAUUGUGGCCUCUUCAGGGAAGGAACUCCAGAAGAUCCAGUGCUGGAUAUCUCAGGGAUGGAAGAGACUCUGUCUCUGAGAGAAGCUUCGGUGGAAGGGCCACAGGGAGAUCUGAAACCCCAAGAUGACACUAAACUCAUAGACCUGGAAGAUGGGGAACCAGAUGUGGCAGAAGUUGAACCAGUGCAGCUUCUGUUUUCAGACCAGCCUCUGCCCACAUCAGCUGAUGCAGAGAAACCUCUAGAUGUGGCUGCCUAUGUUCCAGCUGUCGAGCAGAUAUUUGUACUUGGUGUUGUGCAGUUAGGUGACCCAGAGCCCUUUUUCCCUCUGCCUGAAGUUGACAUAUAG